AUGAGGAGAGUUCCGGUGGUGUCGGGUGAAGGGGAGGAAGUGGAGGAGGACUCUGGAUCGAGUCAAUCGGUGCCAGUGACUUUCCGAACGGCAGAUAGAAGUGACCAACAUGGGCGUGAAGCCGGUGAUAGUGCGACAACAAAGCAAAAGGAAAUGACAGACGAGUUACCAACUGCCUUGCCCCAAAUGGCAGACGGCGUGCCGGGGCUGGUCUCGGACGUUUAUGCCAGCGAUGAAGGACAUAUCCUAGAGUCAAGCGAGGAGCCGAAAUCCGAGGAAUUUUCUUCCAAAGAUGAACUCGCAGGGAAACAGCCACCGCAAGAGGCUCUUGAGAUCAGGAAACCAAAAGAAGAGAGAGGAGAAGGAAAGCGAGAAGAGCAAGAGAGGGAGUUUUGCCUGCGUGGACGCGCACAGCCCGAGCAAGCAGAACGCCUAUCCGGAGGGAGUGCAUCUGGAAGUGCCUACGCAGAACCACGGCAGAGAAGCGCAGAUUCCAGUUCGGCGGACAUCAAGCAAGUCGUCCUCGAGUAUGAGCCGGUACCAGAUCGGCAGACUCAAAAGAGCGGGUACGCCCUGGUGGACUCUGUAAACAGCUUUCUCGACAGCUGGUUGGUCCCCGAGGAAGGUGCCAAGGUGGUCCCCCCCCCCGCCCCCAUCGUAGCUCCAGUCGUCGUUACGAAAGUGGACUCCGCCCCUCAGCCUCACUGCAGAGGUGAAGAGGCAGAGAGCGUAUGGUCGCAGCUGAGGUCGUUGCAGGCAUGCACCCAUAUCGAUCUGUAUGAAACACGGCCCGAGUGCCCGAAGUGUCACCAACCCCUCCCCGGUGACAAAAGGCCGCAACCCCAAACCUGGACGAGAUGGAUUUUCAAGCAGUGCGAAGAGCCUGUGGACCUUCAGGCAGAAUUCCUUGUGUAUCCAAAUCCUCUUGUGUACAUCGGUCGCCCCCGACCGGACAUCGAUCAACCUUGGUUCGGUACUACCUCCUACGUACCUGCGUAG